AUGAACAAGCCCGAACCCUCGCCUGACGGCGCUGAGUCCAAGCGACCUGCAGGCUCGCUGUUCAGCCCCCAGAAGCUGCUGGUGCUGGCCAUCGUCGUUAGUCUGAUCAUUAUCGCCCUGGUCUUUUUCCGCGACGAACUGAGGCUCGAAAACCUCGCCAACCGCGAGGCCCAACUCAAGCAGCUUCAGGCCGAUCACCCGGUGCUAGUCUACGGGGCGGCGUUCGCCAUCUAUGUCACAGUCACCGGGCUCUCACUUCCCGGGGCCGCCGGCAUGACGCUGGUGUAUGGCUGGUACUUCGGCUUCCUGCGAGCCCUGGUUUUGGUCAGUUUUGCUUCGACCGCGGGAGCGACGGUAGCAUUCCUACUGAGCCGCUACCUGUUCCGCGACGCCAUCCAGCAGAAGUUCGGGGAACGCCUGAAGACAUUCAACGAUGCGCUCGAACGCGAAGGGGCCUUUUACCUGUUCACGUUGCGGCUAAUCCCCGCCGUGCCGUUCUUCAUCAUCAAUGUUGUGAUGGGGCUGACGAGCCUGCCCACACGCACAUUCUGGUGGGUCAGCCAACUCGGCAUGCUGGCCGGCACCGUUGUCUAUGUCUACGCCGGCUCUCAGGUGCCCGACUUGCAAACGCUUUCUGAAGAAGGGGCAAAGGCCGUUUUCUCGGGCAGUCAACUCUUCCAGAUUGGCAUCGCCUUCGCGCUGUUGGGGCUGUUCCCCAUCACCGUGAAGAAAAUCAUGCAACGAACUCAUAACGUGGCGCACGCAACCAAUAGCCUGCCGCAGCUGGAACCCCGUGACGAACACAAUGAGAAACUCCAGCAGAAUGUGCACCCGACCGACUGGGUGAACCCCACGCCAAGCGGGCGAUACAACCUUGUUGUAAUCGGCGCCGGCACGGCAGGCUUGGUCACUGCAGCCGGCGCGGCAGGAUUGGGGGCCAAAGUCGCGCUGGUCGAACGCGAUCUGAUGGGCGGAGAUUGCCUCAAUGUCGGCUGUGUUCCUUCCAAAGGGCUCAUCAGCGCAGCCCGUGUGGCGGCAACCGUUCGCGAUGCCGGCGAGUUUGGCGUGGAUGUGCCCGAGGGGGUCCAAGUCGAUUUCGCAAAGGUCAUGCAACGCAUGCGGCGGCUGAGGGCCAGCAUCAGCCCGAACGAUUCUGCCGCCAGGUUUCGCGACCUGGGGGUUGAUGUCUUCCUCGGCUCCGCCAAGUUCACCGGCAACGACACAGUCGAAGUCGCCGGCCAGACGCUCAAGUUCAAGAAGGCCGUCAUCACGACCGGCGCGCGGGCCGCAGCCCCGCCGAUCCCGGGUCUCGACCAAGUCCCUUACCUAACCAACGAGACCGUAUUCUCACUGACCGAACUGCCCAAACGUCUCGGCGUCAUCGGCGCUGGGCCCAUCGGUUGCGAACUCGCCCAGGCGUUUGCCCGUUUCGGCUCGGAAGUUUACCUGGUCGAGUCGGCCGACGAAAUCUUACCCCGCGAAGAUCAAGACGCGGCCGCCAUCGUAAGAGAGAGCCUACUGAAAGACGGCGUGAACCUGCUCUGUUGCGGGCGCGAACUUCAAGUUGCCCUUCAGGGUGAUCGAAUCCGCCUUCAAGUAACCGCCCACGAAAAAGCCUACGACGUCGAGGUCGAUCAAUUGCUAGUCGCCGUAGGACGGGCCCCCAAUGUCGACGGGCUCGGCCUCGAAGCCGCCGGUGUGGCCUACGACAAGAAGAAGGGAGUCGAAGUCAAUGAUCGUCUGCAGACGACCAACACGAACAUCUACGCUGCAGGCGACAUCUGCUCGAAGUAUAAGUUCACCCAUGCGGCCGACUUCAUGGCCCGGCUGGUUAUUCAAAACGCCCUGUUCUUCGGCCGAGCCAAAGCCAGCGCAUUGACCAUUCCUUGGGCCACGUACACCUCGCCCGAAAUCGCCCACGUGGGGCUCAGCGAACAUGAGGCCCGCGAGCAGAACAUCGAGAUCGACACCUUCACCCAACCCAUGGCCGAAGUAGACCGCGCCAUCCUCGAAGGCGAAACCGCCGGGUUCGUGAAAGUUCACGUGGCCAAGGGAACCGACAAAAUACUAGGGGCCACCAUCGUCGCCACCAACGCCGGCGACAUGAUCUCUGAAAUCACACUCGCCAUGAAAGCCGGGUUGGGCCUCAAGACCGUGGGCGCUUCGAUUCACCCUUAUCCCACGCAAGCCGAAGCUAUCCGCAAAGCCGGCGACCUCUACAGCCGCACCCGACUCACCCCGCUGGUGAAGUCGCUCUUCGACAAGUGGCUCUCCUGGACGCGUUGA